GCCGAGAUACAACAAGUCAGCAUCUACUCCACAUUUAUAUCACGAGAACAACAGCAAAAGCAAACCGCAACUAAUAACAAUAACAACAACAGAAUGCCAGCAGAAAUCAAAGCUCUACUGUUCGACGUCUUUGGCACAGUCGUCGACUGGCGCAGCUCAGUGCGCGAGUACAUGAAGACCAGCAUGUCGGACGCCGCGCUGCGGGAGUCGAUUGACUGGGACGCGUUUGCUGAGGAAUGGCGGGUGGCGUACUACAAAUACACAAAAUCAAACGCGAAAGCGGACGAUACGACCGCCUUUGAGACGGUGGAUCAGCAGCAUCGAAAGUCGCUGGGGCCGUUGGCGGAGAGGUAUGGGCUGACGGAGGUGUGGGGUGAGGAUGAUCUUGAUCAUGUUGCGGAUGCGUGGCAUUUUCUUGAUGGCUGGAGCGAUACAGUAGAAGGACUCACGCUGCUCAAGUCAAAGUUCAUAAUCUCCACACUGUCGAACGGCAACGUCAAACUACAAGUCGACAUGGCUAAAUACGCAAAACUCCCCUGGGACCUUAUUCUCGCGGGCGAUAUCUUCAAGAUCUACAAACCGUCGCCAAAGGUCUACCUAGGCGCUGUCGAGAUGCUUCAGCUGAAACCGGAAAACGUGCUUAUGGUGGCCGCGCAUAUAUACGACCUACAGGCUGCCGCGAGUCUUGGUUUGAAGACCGCGUAUAUAGACCGCGAAGGUGAGGAUGCUGGAAUUACAGUUACGCCUGAUCAGGUUGACUAUUAUGCGACUGAUUUUAUCGAUUUGUAUCGUCAAUUGACACAAUGAUUUCUGAAUGGAUGAGACUAAGUUGAAUUGAAUAUAUAUCGUCAUUAAAUAUCGUACAUGCUCUAUGCCGUCAGAGCCUCUUUAUGCCUUAAUACUAUCCUUAUAAUC